UUGCCUCUCAUGGUUAUCAUCCACAAGUCUUGGUGUGGAGCUUGCAAAGCUUUAAAGCCAAAGUUUGCUGAAUCCAAGGAGAUCUCUGAACUUGCCCACAAUUUUGUUAUGGUCAACCUUGAGGAUGAUGAAGAGCCAAAGGAUGAAGCCUUUAGUCCUGAUGGAGGUUACAUUCCCAGGAUCCUUUUCAUGGACCCCAGUGGAAAAGUCCACCCAGAAAUCAUAAAUGAGAAAGGAAACCCCAGCUACAAGUAUUUCUAUACCAAUGCUGAUCAAGUUGUCCAAGGGAUGAAGGUGGCCCAGGAGAAGCUAACAGGUGAUGCUUUCAAACAAAAACACCUGGGAGAUGAACUAUAAUGACUACACUGAAUGAUGCUUUUCCGUAACGUCAAAACUCUAAAAGGAAAUGAUUAAACAGACCAAGAAUGUAGAUGCACUGGAGGGACAUAAUUCUCCUGUCAACAAUGUUAGGUUAAACCCUGUUUGGAGUUCACACACACACAUCAAUUACAGUGUUAUCUCCCCCUCUGCCUGGCAGUCCAUACUGUGAUGGUUAUUUGCAACUCGGCAAUACGCAAACACAUCAGUUCCUGUGUUUGAGCAACCACUAAUAUUGGGUGUUAAAAGGGAGGUGUGUAGGGCAAAACAUUAUUUGAGGACAAAGGGUGUGAUUGGAAUAACUUGAUUUAGCCAACAUUUUGAUGCUUAAUCAGGGUUGGAUCCCUCUUUUCUCACUGGUAUUAUGUGAUCCCAUUGUUUUUACUGGGGAUUCCUGUGAAUGGGGCAUGUUCCUGGGCCAGGUGUUUUCUACACAUCCCAAACCAUGAAUUCUGCCACUAAGCCAAUUAGAAUCAGUUUUAUGAAUGUUGAAGUAGCAUGUGAAAUUAUUAGCUCUGCAAACAUAUUUUUGUGUAGAACUGUGUGUGAUUCAUCUUUAUUUGCCUCUGGGCAGAAAUUUGACUUUUUCCUUGUGCACUCACCUUUUGAUUGUUUCAUCAAGUGAGGGUGGGUUAUGUUGAACCUUUAUGGGGUUCCCCCUUUUAUUCUUUGAAUGUUUUUUGGCGAAUGCCUUGCCAUCACAUUGUACUGUAUUUUUGUACCAGGGUGAAAAUUAAAUCUUUUUAAACAUAAA